GUUUUGUUGUACUUUGGCUUUCUUUUUCUUUUGUGUUUCAAACGCAUGACGUUGGCAUGUUUGUGUCACGUGUCACAGCGAUAGUCCGCGAGCCUGAGUGGACGAUGACCAUUCUCGACGGAUCUGCGAUUGUUCUCGUGCGAGGCUGCGAGGAAAACCGGCUGAGGUGGGAUCUGACGCCCGAGGAGAUCGCGACAGCCACGGAGCGCCUGAUGAGCAGAGUGAAGAAGGUCUACGAUGAGGUCGGGUCUCUCAAGGUGGAGGAUGUCUGCGUUGAAAACACCCUGAGAGCUCUAGCCAACAUCAAGCUGGACUAUGCAUCGUCUCGCUCCGCCCUGGACUUCCCGCAGUACGUCUGCCCUUCCCAGGAGGUCCGGUCGGCGAGCACAGAGGCCAACAAGAAGCUCUCCGAGUUCGACGUGGAGCUGAGCAUGAGGGAAGACGUCUUCCAGAGAAUCGCUGCCUUGCAGAAGAAGCGUCCGGAAAACAUCUCCCCUGAAGAGAAGAGGUUAUUGGAACGACUUGUGAUGUUGGGCCGGAGGAAAGGACUGCAAUUGUCUCCAGAGACGCGAGAACAAAUAAAAAGCAUGUCCAAGCUCAUCGGUGAGCUCACCAUCGAGUUCAACAAGAACCUGAACGAGGACAACACCUUCCUGGUCUUCUCUGAGCAGCAGUUGGACGGCCUGGCGGACAGCUUCCUGGCAGGCCUGGAGAAGACCCUGGACGGACGCUACAAGGUGACGCUGGGCUACUCGCACUACUACCCCGUGAUGAAGAGGUGUCACGAUCCUGAGACGCGCAGGAAAAUGGAGAGAACUUUUCACAGCAGGUGCAAAGAGGCUAACACGCCCAUCCUGGAGGGUUUGAUACGACUGAGGUCAAAGGUUGCGGGCCUGCUGGGUUACAGCAGCCACGCAGACUACGUGCUGGAGAUCAACAUGGCCAAAAACGCCAGCAACGUGGCGACGUUUUUAGACGCCUUUUACGAAACGCUGAAGCCCGUCGGCGUCCGGGAGAGGAAGUACAUCCUGGAGCUGAAAAGGAGGGAGUGCCUGGCAAAGGGCGCCUAUUUUGACGGGCAGAUCAACGCCUGGGACCUGCCCUACUACAUGAACCAAGUGGAGCGCUGCAAGUUCGCCGUGGACAAGGACAAACUCAUCGAGUACUUCCCGCUCCACGGUCUGGGGCUCAGGUUCAGCGAGGUCCAGCCAGCCCACGUGUGGCACCACGACGUCAAGCUGUACGCCGCCCACGAUGCCGGCACAGGGGAGGAGGUGGGCCUCUUCUACCUGGACCUGCACCCCAGGCAGGGAAAGUGCGGCCUUGACGCGUGUUUUCCCCUCCAGCCCGCCUGCAGAGGCCCUGACGGAAAGCGUCGACUCCCGGUGGCGGCCAUGGUGGUGAACUUUUCCAAACCCAAUGAAGGCUUGCCCUCCCUCCUCCAGCACCAUGAGGUGGAGACGUACUUCCACGAGUUUGGUCAUGUGAUGCACGAGCUCUGUUCCAAGACCACCUUUUCAGAGUUCAGUGGAGGUUUGGUGGAGACGGACUUUGUGGAAGUCCCUUCGCAGAUGCUGGAGAACUGGGUGUGGGAGAAGGAGCCUCUGAGGAGAAUGUCCCGCCACUACAAGGAUGGCACGGCCAUACCGGACGAGCUGCUCGACAAGCUCAUCGCGUCCAGAGUGGCCAACACGGGGCUGAUGAACCUGCGCCAGGUGGUCCUCAGCAAAGUGGACCAGACGCUACAUAGCAGUUCUUGUGCGGACACGGCCGAGGUGUUUGCCCAACACUGCCAGGACAUCUUGGGUGUCCCCGCCUCGGCAGGCACCAACAUGACCGCCAGCUUCAGCCACCUGGCGGAAGGAUACGACGCCCAGUACUACAGCUACCUGUGGAGCGAAGUCUACUCCAUGGACAUCUACUUCAGUCGCUUUAAAAAGGAAGGAAUUCUCAAUCCCAAGGUCGGAACGGAGUACAGAAGAGUCAUCCUGGAGGCCGGAGGCUCCGUGGAUGGAACGGACAUGUUGGAAAGCUUUCUCGGUCGCGCUCCGUGUCAGGAAGCUUUCUUUCAGUGCAAAGGACUGAGCAGGACUCGUAACACGACGUAGCAGCGUGUGAAACCUGACCAAGCAAGGCACAGACCAUCGGUGUUGAUGCAAAGUCUGAAGGUGUCGUACCUCCAUUCGUAAGUCCAGAACUUUUUUAACAUUUGGAAAAAAGGGAGUGCACUAUUUAGAUCGCACAUUUUUGGUACAUUGAGCGUGGACAUUUUGAAAAGUGUCCAAGUUAGACACUUUUCCUUGUAAUUAUUGACUGCA